UGGUCCCACUGGGUAUCACCCCCAAAAUGAACUGGAAAUGCUGCCUCUAGCCUGGAGAGUUGGGGCUUUGUUCUUCUGCUUGGAGGGAUCUUGGGUGACUUGGGAAAAACUUUUUCGGGGCCUUUGGGCCCAGCUGUGGUCCCCAGGGAGCGGUUGCUUUGCUGGUGGCAUGGCAGGGCGGCAGGGCAAGGAGCAGGGCAGAGCAGGGGGGACAGCAGGGCCAGCCAGGGGGGCAAGCUAAGGUGUGCGCGGUCCCAUUCCUGGAAGCUGUGCUGGGUCUAUUUUGCACAAACUGGGGAUUUCCAAGUGCCAGGCGAGCAGGGGAAGCACCAGCGUGGCUUCUCGCUGGCAGCUGCCCCCGGCCGGGGUGCGAGGGGCUGAGUCCUGCUUCUGCUCCGGAUAUGGCUGCUCCAGAGACGGAUGCUUGGGGGCUGCCCUGGAGGAUGCUCCCACCUCUUGUGGGUCUCUGCGGCACCAGGGAGGGUUUGCACAAGAGGGGUUUGGCGGCAGGGAGAUGCUGCUGAGAGCUCGGGGCUUCUCUGCAGCUCCCCCAGCCUGCGUGCUGGGCCUUGAUCCCCUUCCCGGCAUCUUGUCUUGGCUCGUUUCCUGGAAUUUUCCAUCAUUUGGGUUAUAUUUGGGAUCAGCAGCCAAUAACCCCGUUUCUCACGGACAGCCCAGCUGGGGCUUGGCUCCAGCAGGAAGCACAGAGGGAGCAGGGCCAGCGCCCCGAGACCAUACUCCCCAGCAUUGCCCUUCUGCAACCCCCCCCUCCUUGGACAAUUAAAACCAGACAUGGCUAUUGCAAAGGCUGGAAAAGAGGGGAUACGUUCCCUUCUCUAGGAACCCCAUAUGCCCACAAGCCCUGGCUAGAUUGGGGCUGAGGUGGCUGCAGUGCAAGGGAUGCUCUGGAGGGGCAGCUUUGGCCUUUGGGGCGCUUCUAAUACACUUUCAAGUUCACCAAGAAGAAGCCCCAGUUGCAAAGAUGCUCUAGGACAGGUUGAAGAUCAAACUUUGCAACAGGACUUCUCUAGGGCUUGAAGGGAAGCUCAGAGACAGGGCUGUCAAGCCAGCAGCCAGACAGUAACACUUCCUAGAGCAGCGAAAAGCCAGCCGAGCCCCAGCGCCAGCUGGAUGCUGGUCAGCCUGUCCAUCUGGGGGCUGGCUGGCUGGUUUGGGGCUCUGGCAGACGGGGGCUGAGCUGAUGCCUGCCCUGCUCCGCCACCAGGAAUGGGGCAGGACAGGACUUCUGUGCUGCCUGUGGUGGGGAGAAGGGAAUCCCCUAAAGCAGGGAAGCAGAAUUAGACAUUUGGAUGGCUGAAGACAAGAAUCCCCCCAGGGAAGCCCGAAGGGGAUGUGCAGAGCUGGCAGUAUUUCACCUACGCUUUGCUCUACGAUGCCUGGAGCUGCACAGAUCCGCGCUCUCCCUCUGCGGCAUCUUCCCAAAGCAGCGGGAGCUGGAGUCUCCCUGCGGAUUGCCCGCAGUGUUGGACCCCUCGUCGUGCUCCCUGGCUGUUGCACCGCCGGUGAGGGCUGGAGCGCGCUGCUGAAGCGGCUGCCUGCGGUUUCCAGUCAGAUGCUUGUGCGAGUGUGUAACCAUCUCGGGCCAGAUCCAGAGAGGAUGCGCUCAGCACUGGAGCCACAGGAGAUGCCGGUGUCGGAGUCUUCCUCUCUCCUUACCCUCCACAAUCACUAAUGCUUCCCAGGGGCACUUGCAAAGCACUUUCCCCCUGAAGCCUUUGCUUUUGCAGCUCUUAAUAUAAAAGUAGCCCUGGGAGGGAAAGGAGUUUUGAAAUUGGGGAAACUGAGGCAGGGAGUGCAGGACCAUCCCUGGUGCCCAUCACCCUGGAGACCGGCAGCAUGUCUGAUCCUUCCUCCUGGGUUUCUGACUAAAGCUUAUUUGGGGUCAAAAUCGGAGGUUUUCUUUGGUGACCUUGCCUCGCGCCUGCAGGACUGGAGGGGAGGAAGCCCCCCUCCCGCCGCUCUGCCUGCUUUCCCCUUUUGUUUUGCCAGUUUCUAAACAGACCUUUCAGAGUUGUUUUUAAUUUACAACAAAGCCGUCGCCUUGCCGUGUUCCUCUGUGGUUUUCAAAUGAUAAAAAAAGAAAAGAAAAAAAAAAAGCUUAAGUAAAAAAACAAAACAACCCUCAAAUCUGAAAUUAGCAGCUUAGUUUGUCCCUGAACUUACACCCCCCCCCCCAUCCAGUUCAUUUCCUUUCAUCUCUGGACCUGCCAGCAAUCUAGGAAAUCAGUUUUUCAUGUGUCUCUGCCUGCUACAUCCCCGGCAGCGACUCUGCCUUGCUCUUGCAGAGCUUAACCCUGCGCUCAUUUGGUUCUUGCUAAACCCGACUGAGUUUUGCUUCUGCUGCUGCUGGUAAAAACAGGGGCGGGACUGAAGCCAGCAGCCUUUGCAGCUGUGGAUGGGGUUUUGUGGCUGCUCAGCUGGGUUUGAAGCCAGCCCUGUGCAAAGCCAAGGCUAUUUCGGGAGCACGGAUGGGGGUGAGCACUGAGCACACUGCGGCAUGGGUGUCCCAUGGGAAGCGGCGGCCUCUUUCCGCCCGGCAGCUUCGCUCAUCCUCCCCCGACCGUCCUCAGCAGGGACGUGAGGUGACAGCGGGAAAAGUCUCCGGCUCCGUGGCUGCCUGCUUCACUCCUCAUCUGCUCCCAGGAGCGGGAUGAGGUUUGAUUUGGGGGUUUGCAGAUGCUUCAGAAAGGGAUGUGUGAGCCCCCCGGGUGCCGGCACCACCCCGUGAUGGGAACUGCGGCGCGGUGAAGUGGGGUUGCAGCCUUUGCCAAGGCUCCUCUCGGGGCAGCUUUGAUUUUGCACGUGGGAACCGAAGGCAGAGACCUGCAGGUUGCUGCUGCGGCGCCGGUCCAGGCCCUGCCGGCACGGGCUGGCAGCGGGAUGUGUACGGUCAUGUCGUAGGAAGCUGCUGUCUAAGCUUGUUGAACAGCAGCCUGCCCUUCACUUUCCCCCAAACGGGCACUGUGAGCGGCAAUUUGGACAUGGACGGGUCCCCUGUCCCACCCCAAGCCCCAGCGGACCACGGCCUGAUUUCCAGGAACGCGACAGCCCUGAGCGUCAGGCUGAGCUGAACUCUGUGCUGCAGCUAAACUUGGAAGAUCGCCCACUUUCCAUCUCUGUACGUGGGACCUGUCCCAAAUACCCGGCCAGUGAUGGAAGAGCACCAUCUGAGUCGGAUGCAUAAAGGUGGACACUGGGAAAAUCUGGUCUUGCGUUCACUGCUGAUGUCCUUUCCCACCAGUUAGACUUGGGACAUAUCUGGGUCCGUUCCCAAAGGAUUUUGCUUUUCUUCUCAGAAGGUGGGGGUGGGUGCGGGGCCCUGCCCGAGGGGAAACUGAGGCAUCAGUGACUUUGCUGAGCCCGUUUGCUCUGAGCUGGUACGUCCCACCUCAGCGCCCCAGCUGCAAGGGCUGUAGCUGGUAUUUCAAGCCUUGGUCUUGGCCUCCGUGCAGCUCCCUCCCCACGCUGCUCACGUCCUUCCCUGCACAUCCAUCUCUCUGGGCACUGAAAGCUUUGGAGUGAGGUGGAGAACAAAUCUGUUCUUUGGCCCAGUGCCUCUCCCCGCUUCUUCGGGUCGUAAAUCCCAGGAUGUGUUUUUGGCUUUGUGUUAAAUUUAAUUUCUGGAGAACAUUUUUGCCCAGUAAGGAUUCACAAGGCCUUUUAGUGACUCGGUAAUUUGGCAGCAAUGCUGGCGAGGAUCCUGAAAGCAAAACCGCUCACGUUACUCCGGCGUGUGCUGCUGCCCGGGGAGCAGAGAGGCGGCGGUGCUGCGCUGGCAUCCCGCGGGCUCAGGGGACGGGUGUGCUCCGAGCGCUUGGGCAGCAAUGGGUUUUGCUCCUCCAUUCCCGGGAAUCUCUACCAGAUGGAGAUAUGAAAACACCUGGCAGAUGUUUAGCAGGUUUGUUGCUCUUUUUUUUCCUUUUUAAACUGGUGUUUUAUUCGGAAGGUACUGAAGCGUGAAGCACAUUCCCACCUGCCUGAUAAAUGAGAGCAGCUUGCAGGGUAACACAGAGAUCCAGUUGUGGAUGAUGCAGAGAUGCAGUUGUGGGAUGAGUUACGGGUCUGGCUUCAGGAGAUGGGAUGCAGAGUUUAUUUCCCAGUGAGUGGCUCAAUAUUUGCAGACAACAUCCAGCGUGAGGCACUUGAACAAGGGAACCCCCUCGUAUUCACGGAGAACUGAUUUCACUGCUGGUGGCCUCUGCAAGUGACACAUUUGAUGGGAUAUCAUCCGCCAGCAUGGCUUCUCGUCACCCCACAACAACCCGGUCUCUGCAUGGAAGAACCUGCAAACAGCAACAGCUCCUGGAGCAGAGCGUACGGAGCUGAGGCCAGCAGAAAUGGCGACACGGAGAAACGUCUGUUGGCGCGACUUGCCUUGCUGAAAUCCCAGGGAAACCUCCCAGUUAGAGCCCAGUCCCCGUCUGGUCUGAUGUGAACCCAGAGGGACCGUGUCACCUGGUGGAAUCGGACAGGUCUAACACGGGGCUACCCAGGUUGUUUGUCCUCUGUCUACCCGGCACAGAGACGGAGGACGCGGGCUUGGCGUGGUGCCGCGCGGUGCCCGUCCAGCCGUGCGGGGUGGCAGCCACUGCGUUUUGUUUGGGUGCUGGGCAGCUGCUCAGCAUUGCCAGGGGUUGUGGACUGGCUGGGGAUGGGGAUGAGGGAGCUGCAGGAUGGAUUAGUGGGUGCUGCAUCAUCCCCAUGCUGGCAAGCUGCCAAGUGUCAGAUGGGGAAAUCCUGACUUCUCGUUAGGGGCACGAUUUAAUUUUUGCUUAUUUUAAUGGCCUUUAUGUUCAGCAAGAGCCCUCUGCUGCUGGCUGAUGACAGGAGAGAGAGAAAAAAAAAAUAGCAGCAAGGCAGGGACAGCGCUGUGUCCUGGUUCAGUGGUGGCAGCCCCAUGUCCUGGCUUGGUGGCAGAGCCAGUUAGUGACAAGUGCUUUGGGGGGGGGGGGGGGGGCAAAAGCAGCGGAGGGGCUGUGGCCCCCUCUCCCACGCUGGCUGCAGGGCCGGGCACUGCUCAGCCCCAUCCGCCCACCUCCCUAUGGGCAGACCCUCCUGGAUGCCUCAUCCCAAAGGGAAGCCUGGCACUUCCUACGUUCCUAGAUCAGGAUCCCCAUCGCAGUAGUUUUCAUAUGAAUACAUACAUAUGUGUAUGUGCAUAUUUUAGAAACUGUUAUGCAUCAGCAAACUCCCUGGGAGGCUUUUUUUAGAGGUGUUAUCAACAGGAUGUGCUGUGAAUAUGUGACAGCUGGGUGGGAAGCCCCAGAUGAGGGCUUUUCUUCACAGCCUCGCUGUGCCCAGGGUGCCCUGGCCUCCGUUGGGCUCCAUGGGGCUGCUGUACCCGAGACCCUUCCCCUCGGGACAGGUAGGAGUCGGGACGUGAUGCCCGCUCCCUCCAUAGGCUGGCAUUUUGGAGAGCUCAUGAUCUUUUUUUGAAGUGGGGAACAAGCUCUUUGACAUGGCCAGAUCCAGCUGCUUGGGGCAGGGGAGGAGAAAGCAUCCAAGAAAUAUAUCCCAGUCUUUGCCCUUCAGCAGUAAAUGAGGACAACAGGGCUGGAGCCAUUAAAAUCCCACCCGGCCACAUGAGCUGGGGAAGGUUUGCAGAUAUCCCGGUAUUAAAGUCAUACUGCCUAACAUUGUGUGAUGCCUGCGACCCCCUCCGUGGGGCAGGAAGCACCUAAAAUCAUACGGUUUCAGGUCUGGUUGUACCUGGGUGCAGCAGAGCAUGGCGGGAUUUGGUACCACGACGCUGCGAGCUCCGUAACGGUGGUAAAGCAGCGCUCCAGCCUGCGGGAAAGGCUGUGGUUAGUGCACUAACGGCACUCACGCUGGGGUUUCCACUCACGCCAGGGUUUGCACCCACACCAGGGAUUUCCCCUCGCAGCCACAUGCUGGCUGUGGUGCAGAAAUCCCCACAGGGCAGAUCCUGCUGGUGUUUGGGAUGAUCACUAGGUCCUCCUGCCUCCCAGUGAUGCCCCCAUGGGUGGGCUUUGAGGGGAGCAUGGGGGUUCCCUUGCAAGAUGUUUAGCUGAUCUUUGCUGGGCAAAAUAGGAUCUGCCUGUGGCUCAGGACUAAAUUUAGGAAACAGAGUUUAUAUAGAAAGCUUUUGGCUGAAAGUUGUCUUUUUCAUGAUGAACAUGCAUCCAGGUUUGGCUUGGGCACCAUUCCAUCCUGCUCGUGACUUUGGAAACCUCCGCCCCUGAAGACCUCAGCCUUGGUUUCACACUGCACCAAGCCUCUGCCCUCACCCUGGCCGGCCCUGCCCACAAUGGCCUUGUGUCUCAAGCAAGUCUUCAACAAAGACAAAACAUUUCGUCCCCGAAAGAAGUUUGAGCCAGGCACCCAGCGCUUCGAGCUGUACAAGAAAGCCCAGGCUUCCCUCAAGUCUGGGCUGGACCUGAAAGCGGUGGUGCAGCUGCCUCCUGGCGAGAGCAUCAACGACUGGAUCGCCGUGCACGUGGUGGACUUCUUCAACCGCAUCAACCUCAUCUACGGUACCAUGUCGGAGUAUUGCACAGAAAAGACCUGCCCCAUCAUGUCCGGUGGACUCAAGUACGAGUACAGGUGGCAGGACGAUAGCAAAUACAAGAAGCCGACCAAGCUGUCGGCUCCGCAGUACAUGUGUAUGCUGAUGGACUGGAUCGAGAUGCUCAUUAACAACGAGGACAUCUUCCCCACCAGGAUAGGUGUUCCCUUCCCCAAGCAGUUCCAGCAAGUUUGCACUAAGAUCCUCACCCGCCUCUUCCGUGUCUUUGUCCAUGUCUACAUCCACCACUUUGACAGCAUCAUCAACAUGGGUGCUGAGGCUCACGUCAACACCUGCUACAAGCACUUUUACUACUUCAUCAGGGAGUUCAGCCUCGUUGACCAUCGGGAGCUGGAGCCUCUGAAAGAAAUGACGGAACGGAUUUGCCACUGAAGCACUGUGGCAGGUGAACUCAGCUGGCUCAUUCGGAGACCGAUGGGACAAGACAUGCUGUGAUAGUACAUCUCUUCCCAAGGACUCGCUCUGGGCAUUUCAACUCACUGAACUAUAAACACUGCAGAAGAGCCUCUCCAGGCCAGGGCUGAACCCUAAGCUUGCCAAACAUCUCUGGAUUUAUUUUUUUUUUAAGAUCUCAGUCUCUGUUGUACGGCUCCUGUCUUAGACAGCCACUGACUUACUGAGAAUGAGGCAAGUUAGGUUGACUUUUGCACACUCUGGUUUCUAAGACUCAAUCCCAUGUCUCAUAACAUCCCUUUGACUACCUUUCCUCUUGUUUUGUCCUCAGCUCCACUGAUCUUCAAAUCUCUGAUUAGCGAUUCCUGCCCAAGGUGUGACCCUGGCUACCGAGUAAUGCCUGUUACCUUUCCCACAUGCAGAGGGUUUGUGAUAACACCCGAGAUCCUCUCUGCAAAGUUGGUGACACUUGAUCCCAACUGCCUUCACGUGGUUAGUGGCUGAUGUACUGUUUUUAACCCUGAGCUAGGAAUGUCUCUCCUUCUGUCCUAAUUCAUGCUUUACCAAAGGGAAAAAUCCCCCCCCAAGGGAUUUUUCAUGCUCGGCAGAGGGGACUUCAUGAUGUUCUCGAGAGACAUCCAACGCUGCUUGGACUAAUGGCAAGGUGGCCCCGUGACAGAGGAGGUGAACUAGGCCACUUUUCAGUGUGAUCAGCACAGUCUACCUGAGGAAGACUCAGAAAGUGGUGGAAAUAAACUGUUGCCAGAAAACAACAUUUUCAAUGUGUCAGCAUUUCCUGGCAUGUUGUCUUGGCUCGAGAUUGGCAGAUGCUGGCUGUAGAAAUUGUUGUUUUUCCACUAUCCAGCCCUACAGCAUAGUAAAUCAGGUGGAGAAGGACUUUAAGAGACAUCUAAUGCACUCUGUUCUUCCAAAAAGGCAAGAUCAGCCCUUCUUAAACCUUUCUGACCUUUUGAAAACAUACUAUUGCUACCUGGUGCCACUAUUCCCCUGAAAGGUAUCACAUCUCAAAAUUUCUCCCCCUUCUGCUUGCAAUGCCUGAUAACUAGUGUUGUGUUCUCUGUGCCAUUUUUCUUUUGACAAGAGUUGAAGUUUUUUGUUGGUUUUUUUUUUUUUAAAACUGUUUUUAGGGAGUUAAAAUUAAAUUGUCUGAGCCACAGCAUUGUUAUAUUUGUGUUUCCUGACCUUUUUCUGGGAAAGUUUUGUAUACCAGACACAGUUGUUAUUUAUAAUCUGGGGUUCCCAUUUUUGGGGUAGGGAGGGGAUGUGGCUAGAAAAUGUAAAUAUUUAGGCCACCAUUAAAGUGCACAAGUGAAUUUUUAGUGCUCAAAGCACUUAUUUUGUUGCAAAAUUCUAUUUUUUUUAAUUCUUGUGUACCAGAUGUAUAUUUUUACAUAGAAAUAAAACAGAGCAAAAUGGACACAAAAACAUCUGAUACAUAAUUCCAAUACUUUCUGUGUAAAAUAAUCAGUAAAAUCCAAACAUUUUUGUUCUGUUACUAAUUAAAGAAAUGUUAA